CCCGAAAAUCCGAACCGGAACAGACAGUUUGAGGCUGUCUCCCGGAUUACAAACCAGUGGAAGAAAGCUGUUGAAUUUAAACACAUCUCCAAUCCCACUUUCUUUCUUCUGCAAAAUUGUUGAACAAAAAUCUUGAAAUGCUGCUAUCUUCAGUACAAAACCCACGUCUCCUAUACCUCCAAUCUCGCUUAUCCCACUUUAAUUUCCGCAUCAAAUCAUCUCUCCACACCUCUCAAACCCUAACCCUAACCCCUUCCCCUCCCCCACCCACUUCUCAAAUCCUCGAUAUUCGCAAAACCCUUCUCUCCCGCGAAAAAACCGCCGUAGAACUCGCUGGAGACUACUUGACCCGGAUCCAAAGAUCCGACCCGAAACUCAAGAGCUUCCUGUAUGUGUCCGAGGAGUCUGUGUUGCGAGAGGCUGAGGAACUUGACAGAAAGAUUGAGAGGAAUGAGGAGGUGGGGCCCCUCGCCGGAGUUUAUGUCGGCGUGAAGGAUAAUAUUUGUACGGCUGAUAUGCCGUCCACUGCUGGGUCGAGGAUAUUGGAGAAUUAUAAACCGGCUUACGAUGCGACUGCGGUGUCGAAGAUGAGGGAGAGUGGGGCUAUUGUUGUGGGGAAGACUAAUAUGGAUGAGUUUGGUAUGGGGAGUAGUACUGAAGCUUCAGCUUAUCAGGUGACUGCCAAUCCUUGGGAUCUGUCAAGGGUUCCUGGAGGGUCCUCAGGUGGCUCGGCUUCAGCUGUCUCUGCCAGACAAUGUGUAGUAUCACUGGGAAGUGACACUGGUGGAAGUGUAAGGCAACCAGCAUCAUUUUGUGGUGUAGUUGGUCUGAAGCCAACAUAUGGGCGUGUCUCAAGAUAUGGGCUCGUAGCAUAUGCGUCAUCAUUAGAUGUUAUCGGAUGCUUUGGUUCAUCUGUUUCUGACACUGGGAUUCUCCUUAAUGCUAUUUCUGGUCAUGAUAGACAUGAUGCCACUAGUAGCCGUCGAGAAGUCCCUGAUUUCACGUCCCAAUUCAUCUCUAAAGAUAUAUUAGACUCCAAGCCAUUAAAAGGAUUGCGUGUUGGGGUGAUUCGUGAAACACUAGAUGAAGGAGUUGAUGCAGAAAUAGUGAUGUCCAUUCGUGCUGCUGUUUCUCAUCUAGAAGAACUGGGAUGUACUGUAACCGAGGUGUCCUUGCCAUCAUUUUCUUUAGGAUUGCCAGCUUACUACAUACUUGCUUCAUCUGAGUCUUCUUCAAACUUAUCUAGAUAUGAUGGUGUUAGAUAUGGCAACCAAUGUGAAUCUGAGGAGUUGAAUUCUCUUUAUGAGAAUACUCGUGCUCAUGGUUUCGGUUCUGAGGUAAAGAGGAGGAUCUUAAUGGGAACAUAUGCCCUUUCAGCUGGUUAUUAUGAUGCUUAUUACAAGCGUGCUCAGCAGGUCAGAACUCUAGUUCGGAAAAGCUUCAAGUCAGCUUUGGAUGAAAAUGAUAUCCUAAUUUCUCCUGCAGCACCAUCUGCAGCUUAUAAGAUUGGUGAAAAGAAAGAUGAUCCUUUGGCAAUGUAUGCAGGUGACAUCAUGACAGUCAAUGUCAAUUUAGCAGGUCUACCAGCACUAGUGUUGCCUUGUGGUUUAGUUGAAGGUGGUCCUGCUGGCCUCCCUGUUGGUCUUCAGAUGAUUGGCGCAGCAUUUGAUGAGGAGAAACUGCUUAAAGUCGGGCAUAUCUUUGAGCAAACUCUUCAGGAUUGUUGUUUUGUUCCUCCGAUAGCUGCUGAUAAUUAGCAGUCACAGUUUGCAGAGAAGCUUUUUUCAUAUUGACUAGCCGCGGCUCAGGGGAACUUUAGAGUGUAGACUGUGUAGUUGAUGUAUACAUCUUUAGGGUUAAAAUGGAUAGGCAGGGUUUGCAAUUCUGUACAGAACUAUGGAAUAUACUCCCUCCGUCCCAUUUUAGUUGUCACAUUUCCUUUUUUGUUGGUCAAAUUGACUAAUUUUUGACCAAGGAUUACAAGUCACUCUUUCAUUAUUUUAAAAAAUUAAAAAUUACAUCUUAAA